AUGGCGAUUGAGUUGGAAGUGUGCCACGGGGGCAAAUGUGCUCGGAAAGGUGGAGGAGCAAUGCUUUUGCGUGACAUCGAGGAAGUUGCGGCAUACGCUGGCCCGUCCGCCUUGGUGACUGCCAGCAGCUGCUUGAGAAAGUGCUCCAAGGGCCCCAACUGCAGAGAAAGCACGGAGAACAGGGUUUUCAAACGCCUGAAGAAGUUCAGCCGUGUCGAAGCGAUGCUGGCAGACAUCAUCCCCGGCUUCGAGAUGAAUGAGCUGCAGCGAAAAAUAUUCAAGCUGAAGUUUGCCGCUCGCAGGGCAGAAGCAGCAGAUCGGAUGGAGAACAUCAACAAAGCCUUGUCUCUGCUUGGUCCGGAGAAAGUCGCCGCUCAAGAACCGAGGCUCCUUGCGCAGCUUCUGGUGAUGCGAUCUCAGGAACUCAUUGAAACCGAUUCAAGCAUGGCAUUGCUGGAUGCCCAGAAAGCCGUGCACGUUUUGCCUUCUUGGGCCUUCGGACAAUUCGCCUUUGCACAGGCCCUCCAGGCACAUGGGCGAUUCGGAGAUGCAGUUUGCGCCGUGCAAGCUGCCCUUAGCAUCGGCCGUGGGAUAGACAAGAGAGCUCUCAAGAAAACGCUAGCCAAACUGCAGAAGCAAGUCGUCACAGAGCCGAACAUUUUCGCUGAUCAUCGGGUGGCAGAUAUCGGCACUGAGAAGAGCCACAUGCUGGAGUGGCAGCUCUCGGGCGUGCGGACGUUGAACCACGACUGCCUGUGCAUGAAGUUCUGGCGCUGUGGCAAGGCUGCGCCAUUUUCUGCGCCAAAAGGCCGACUCGAUCCUGUUUGGCACGUGGAAGUUCUCGCCGACAUUGGCUGCCAGAAGGUUUCACGACCUUACACACCCAUCAGCACGGCCCAACACUUUGCUGAUGGUCAACUCCAGCUAGUGGUGAAAGUUUACCCGGAGGGCCUCAUGACUCAACAUCUUGCUGGGCUCCGGCUGGGCGAGCGCAUUGUCACCCAGCCUCCGCUUCCCACCCUCCCGGCCUUCGAAGCCGAUCGCCUUCUGGGCGGCGAAACCCUGGCGAUCCUUGCAGGUGGCAGCGCAGUGACCCUGGCUCUCCAAGUUUGUGCAGCAGCUCUGGAUCGCGAGAGGCCACGCAAGGUCCAUCUAGUACUUUGCAACAAGACGGCGAAGGAUGUUCUGUUCGCCGAGGACUUCGAAGAGUUCCUACAAAGACCCGGAAGGUUCCAGGUGACGCACCUCCUCUCGAGAGAAAGCCCACCGCCGCCGAGCCAGCGCCAGCCGCGCUCCUCCAAGCAAUCUCUGGCGGUUUGGAAGGGGCCCUUGCAUCUCAGCGAGAAAGUUCUGGAUGAAAUCCUCCCAAAUCGUCGGGCGGCGAUUUCUUUCCUCGUCAGCGGACCGCCGGGCCUUUGCCGCACCGCCCAGGACGCUUUGCGGGCCAAAGGCCACUUGCAGGAUGCCCUCUUCUUGGACGAGUUCCCUGAAGCCGAAGCUGGCAAGCGCAGGCGCAUGCAGGCGCCGGCGAGGCGAGGAGACGGAGACCGAAGCUGA